AUGGAAUUUAAAAUUGCAGCAAUAACCUAUAAUGUAAAUAAACAAAAGCCUUUACAGGAUGAUAUUAUUUGUUGGCUGGACUUUGAAGAAUUAAAUGAUUCUCAAAUCGUUUGUUUUGCGUUGCAGGAAGUUCCUCAUGCAGAAAUGUUAAAAACAACUUCAAAUACUUGGUGUGAACAAUUAACUAAUUGGAUGAGGGAGAAAAGUUUUUCUUUGGUUAAUAAAAUUUGUUUGGCUUCGAAUAUGUUGUUGAUUUAUUUAAGAGUGGAUUUGCUACAAAUGCUUGACCUUAUCGAUGAGCGUUGGUGUAGAAGCAGUUUAUUUGGCACAAUUGGAUAUAAAGGCACAAUAUCUUCUCGGUUAUUAUUUCGCUCUGGUAUUUCAAUUGUUUUUAUUGCUAGUCAUUUCUUUGCUCAAGAAAAAUUUUUGCGUGAUAGAAUUAAUCAAUAUAAGCAAUCUCUAAAUUGUACAUUUCCUGAAAUUGACUGUCCCAAAAAGCACAUUAUUUGGUUAGGCGAUUUCAAUUUCCGUGUUGAAGAUUUUUCUGAUUCUCAACAAUUAUUAUAUGCUUUAAACAAAUUAGAUGAUGUUGAUAUGCUUACAAAUAUUGCAAAUUCCCAUGAUCAACUAAUAAAAGCAAAAAGAUUGAAAAAAGUUUUUCAAGAUUUUGAAGAAGGAAUUAUUAGAUUUAAGCCAACUUAUAGAAUAAUGGUCGGUUCAGGCAAAUUUGAUCAACAAAGAAUUCCUUCAUGGUGUGACAGAAUACUAUUUAAAAGUAACAAAAAUAGCAAUUCUUCUUCACUUUUAAUUAAACAAUAUCGUUCUUGCCGUCGAAUUACUUUAUCUGAUCAUUUUCCUGUUUCUGCAAAAUUUACUCUUGGAAUUAAUUCUUCAACAAAUAUUUUGACUAAAGCUGAAUUGGCUGUUUGGCCUUGUUAUUUUGAGCACAUACCGAGAUGGGAACAAUUAAUUCCUCUAUUUUGUCGCUUAACAAUUCCAACACAAUUUUGGACUGUUUAUUCAUCAAAUCUUGAUUGGAUUGGUUUAUAUUCAACAAAUAUUGAAAUUAUUAAUAAGCCAAUAAAUUGGGUUUAUUUAUUAACUUGUCCUUUAGAUGAUCAAGGAAAAUAUUGUAUUGAAUUUCCUUCUUUAAAUUGUGGAAUGUAUAGAGUUGGUUAUUUUUGUACAAAGAAAAAAUGUUUACAAGGACUUUCGAAUCCUUUUUAUGUUAAAGAAGAGCCGAAUUAUUAA